UCUAUUUUGCAAAUGGAUAUAAAUCCUUCGAGGAUGGAAUCAGUCCAGCACUUGAUCACAUUAGGAGAUGAUUUUGCUCAAAAAUUCAAAACGAAGUCGUUUGGAUGCAGUUUCUGCAAACGAGGGUUUCCCAACGCGCAAGCACUAGGAGGGCACAUGAACAUCCACCGCAAGGAUAGGGCGAAACUCCUAGAGUUUUCAGAUGAAAAUUUUCUGUCGUUGGAAAUCUCACCGAGCGAGGAUUCCAACGAUAGUGUUCCUCCUGAUUCGUUCCUCAGGGAAAAGUUGAGUUCUGAGAAUGAUCGGAGCCAUGAUGAGGAUGAUCAAGCUGAAGAAAAUCACAUCAUUUAUAUUAGGAGAAUACCGUUACUGGCGGAGGCGCCACCUGUUGUAGACCUUGAACUUCGGUUAGGACCCGAGCCUCAUCGUCAUGCAAGGUCAAAGCCCUAGUUUUUUAGUUGGAUUCUAUUUUCUAUCAUGUUUUAGAUUUGAUAUAGUAAGAUUAUGCUCUUAUAUUGUGCACUUGCUCUAAACGCGAUAGCAAAGAGAAGAUCUAGACCUA